GCUGUGCGACUCGACUGCUUACUUAUACUGUCGCGCUGAAUCUGUCCUUCAUUAUAUUCUUGACUGAGCGCUUGUAAAUAUGAUUAUCUUCCAACAUUCUUUGCCAACUCUUGCGUCAUCGUUGGUCUGCCCACGUCAAGAUGCCAGCGCUCAUUGAAUCGAAUAGCGAAAACAAGAGGCCUCGGAGGCCUUCCUUUACGCAGCAAUUGCAGCGAAUGUUUCAUAUAGACAAGCCCGUCGAUGCAAGGAAUGACAGUUAUGAACACUCCCGCUCUUCAAACCCCUCCGUGUACGAGGGAAAUGGUACCUCCUUCGCCUCUGUAAACCACGGACUAUCUGAGUUUAAAUCUACUAGCAACAGUCGUCACUCACAUUCAUCCGCGAACUCAAAUGCUACAGACUUGCACACUUCGCAAUCGAAACACUCUUCGCUUCGGUCUUUUCAUCUGGAGCCGUAUCCAGACGCUCUGAACCAAGAUAAUCAGAGGUUUAAGUCCACGAAUCACAUCGUGGUUCAGAAAAAGGAUAGACGAGCUACAAAAAGACUGGAAGCAGAGAGACUAGAGCUCGAAAAGCGGUUGCUCAAACUCGAAGAAGCCGAACGGACGGGGGACACAUCAAUACUGAGAAGAGAAUCCCGGAAACUCUCAAAGAAGCAGCCCCUCAAGAGUUCAAGUAGGUCAUCAAGUGUGAGCGAUGAUGAGUCGCGAUCAAGACCCUCCUCGCGUCUUUCUUCUAUCCUCUCAAGUUCAAGACGAAGAUCCAGGUCCCGGUGUAGUUCCGUUGAAGGGGUUGAUAACCACCCCAAUGGCCAUAACGAAUCGAAUGCCCUCCCAGUAUUGUCCCCGACGUUGCCUGAGCGCUUAAGCACAGCAAUAUCGAAAGAGCUGGCUACGAGAAAAAAUGCCUUGCUUGUGUCGCCUGAGGAGUCAUCACAGUCCCUAGAGACCACAACUGAGUCUACUUCCAGCCAGCCGACUAUUCGUAAUGGAGAAGAACGCGCCCUCGCAGCACCAAGUGACAUACAAAGUGAUCUGUCUGAGACUUCGCGUAGAAAAGAUUCUCACCAGCAAGCAGAUCUAGACCGGGCAUUGUUCACCGCGAGUCUAACACCCAAAAAUGGACGCCCAUUAUCAGGACACGCUGUGAGAGGCCAGAUUGCAUAUCGCCAAUUGGAGCAGCCUCAAGGCGACAAUGGUCAACUGCAGAUGAACUCGAGAUCCCGCUCGAUGUCCAGAACCCCAUUAUCAAGAUCACCCACGGACGGAAUCGUACAGAGACAGCAAAAGACAUUCAAAUCUUCUCCUCUUGCGGAAUCACAGACAAUCGACGUUGACGAAGUGCCUUCAAAAAGGGCAACCACGUUGACAAGCCAUGAUAUCCCCGAUGCAGCACGGCCACAGACACUUACCGUCGCCGAAAAAGCGACUAGUCCGGAGAACCAUAAGGUUUCCACAUUGCAAAGCUCGAGUGGAAUCUCUGAAAACAUCACAAUCAACCCAUCGUUGAUGGAGGCGAGGAAAGCUCAAAAUCCUAUGAGCAGAAUGCCGACUUCAAAGCCUACUAGUCAGUCAGCUCCAUCAGUACUGUUAGCGAAGCCGCGCUUCUAUAACUCACUAAACAAAGUGACAGGCGCCGGUGGUGGCAAGCCCAAGGCCACAGUAACGAUGCCACCGCCGCCUCGGGAACGCGACUCCUUCCCAACUGUGCCUCCGAAGAGCCCAAAGCGAACUAGCCGGGCAAUGUCACAAUCUCCGGAUAUGAUAACCAAUAACAGGCCAACUAGCAGCCUGUCUAACGAUAGGUCGCAGGAAUCCGAAUCGGACUACAACACCGCAGACGAGAUUGGCUCCACAGUAUCGAAAACCUCAGACGACUGUGACCUUCAGGCGCCUGUGGGCUCCCGCGUUCUCAAGCACAAGAGUACUGGUUCUGAGGGUGCUGUUGGCAUAUCGAACGGCAAGGGAGAUCCGAAGAAGAUGACCAAAAAAAGGAAUCUGGGACAACUUGUUCCGAAACUCUUUGUCAUUUGUUGUCGGUGCAAGUUUUGGCAUGACAUGCCAUCCGAAGUGUAUGCAAGCCUUACUGUUUCUGACCCUUUAUCAGCUGCCCUAGACCAAGAACUCGCGGCUUGGGAGCGAAAUUCUUUGGUCGAUCGGCUCCUGCAGGCUCAUUCAUCGCAUGAAUCAUCCACUGAGCCGCCGAGCUCUGAGGCCCAGCAUAGGUCGUCGCGCAUACGCGUAACGACUGAGCCUCUGCCUGGCCCGGUCAAGUGCUGUUGGUGUGAGCAUCAGAUUAGCAAGGGCUGCUGCCAGGGAUGGAGCACUCUAGUUCAACUGCGUCAGAGACACCACUGA